AAGAACUGUAGCUUUGGCUUUGUGUAUAGGCUUAGUUUGUUGUGUGUAUUGUUGAGUGGAUGUUGGAGUUUGAAUUGGAACGGAGACGUAAGGAGUUUGAUUUCCAUGAAGAUGAGUGAACUAAAUGAAUUAGAAGAAAAUAUGGCAGAUGUAAAUGUGACACAGAUUCCAGUUCAACAAGUUGAAGCAGACUCUCCCAGUGCAGAUAUUACCAUUUUACCAUCUCCCCAAGAAUCAGCAAAACCUACAGAAAGUGGAGACUCCUCAGAAACAUACAUCGAGAAAAUGCGACUGGUACUUGAUGGAUUAAAUGUUGCUAUCAGAAGACUGGAUGAACUAAGUUUGCAGAAUGAUGCACGUUACAGCAAAUUAUUGGAUCUCAAAAAACUUGUGGUGGACAGAAUAAGUGAAGAGCAGCAGAAGCAGUUCCAAUACAACACUAAUCAGUUGUAUCAGUUACGGAUGCAGAUCAUGGCCUACCGUAUGCUGUCUCGCAACUUACCUCUACCAACACAUGUUGUCUCGGGUAUACAGACUCCUCAGCUGGGUGCAGGAGAACAGGCUCUGUUGUCCAGUUGUGGUGAUCUGGAUGCUUGUUUGACCACUUGGAUGCAUUGAUCAUCUCCAACCAGUACUAUUAGUUUGAAGCAGAUAUGAGAGAUUUUUUAUUGCUACCUCCCCUGUUUCUUUGUUAUAUUCCACUGAAUCCUUAGUUUUAUC